GUCCAUGUCGUCAGCCCUUUACUUCCUAGAAUGCAGAAUCUGAUCAAGGCCUCAUCAGUGGACCAAGACAUACCUUUGCAUACCUCCUGGUUGACGGCCUUGAUCAGACGAGCCUUGAAGCACGAGAGUGUUACCAUAAUGAGGUGGGCAGCAGAAACAGUAUUGUUUUUAGACCUGGAGUUAUGUCCCCUCCUUUACCAGGGAGAAGAAAAGUAUAUUUGUGGAGAAUUUCUCCUAGCCAUUCAGGACAGUAAACAUUUCAGCAAACCUACAAAUGCCCUCCAAGGUACAGCUUCCAAUGUCGGUCGGGGAUUGACGGACUUCUUUGCAAACUGUUGGAGAGCACUGAAAACAGAAGAGAAGCGGG